AUGUUUUUUUUAACUUUAAAAAAAUUAAGAAAAAAAUGUUUUUUUGUAUUUUUAACACACCCAACGAUAACAGCAUUAUUUUUUAUUUAUAUUUUUAAUUUUGUUAAAAGUUAUCAUGUAAAUUUUAAUCAAAAUCCAAAUAAUUUACCUUCUUUAAAAAACAAUCAAGAAUAUUAUAAACAAAAGAUACAACCAUGUAAUUCUUGUGUAAAUUGCUUUGUUUGUAUUCAUGAAAAUGGAGAGCCACAGAACAUUCUCCCCUUGGUAGCGAUACCAAGUAAAAGGCAUUAUUUUUAUGAACAAGACAUGUCAAAAAAUAGUAAUUUAAAUGGUUUUCCAGUUAAAAAUAAAAUGGAUAAUUCUACAAAUUAUUUUCAAAAGGAAUUAAAUAAAAAAAAAAAAAAUUAUAAUUUUAUUGAAAAUCAUACUGCAAUAUCAAAUAUAGAUAAUGAUAUUACGGAUGAAUAUAAAGAAUCUGAAAGUGAUUUGGAUGAAGAAAAUAUUGUUAAAGACAAUUUUAACAAUUUAAGAUCAAGUUAUGAAAAUAUAUAUAAUCAAAAAAAGGAACAUUCGAUAGACAGCAAAGUCAUUUUACCUUUACAACAGCUGCAAGAUAGUCAAUAUGUUGGAUCCAUUCAAAUAGGAAAUCCGCCUCAAACGAUCAGACCAAUUUUCGAUACUGGGAGCACGAAUAUAUGGGUUGUUAGCACUAAAUGCAAAGACAGAACAUGUUUAAAAGUACAUCGAUAUAAUCACAAACUAUCCAAUACCUUUAAAUACUACACCCCACGAACUAAUUUAGAUAUUAUGUUUGGAACCGGAAUAAUUCAGGGAACUAUUGGGAUCGAUACGUUCAAGAUCGGUCCAUUUAAAAUUGAAAAUCAAUCCUUUGGAUUAGUAAAACGUGAAAAAGGAACUAAUAAAAAGUCAAAUGUUUUUAAAAGAAUAAAUUUUGAAGGAAUUAUAGGAUUAGCAUUUUCUACAAUGCUUUCUACUGGUGGCAAUCCAAUAUAUGAAAAUUUAAUGUCUAAUUAUAAUUUUCCACAUAAUGAAUUUUCAAUAUAUAUUGGAAUGGAUAAUAAAUAUUCAGCUUUAAUUUUUGGUGGAGUUGAAAAGAAAUUUUUCGAAGGAAAUAUAUAUAUGUUUCCAGUUGUAAGAGAAUAUUAUUGGGAAAUAAAAUUUGAUGGGCUAUAUAUAGAUAAUCAAAAAUUUUGUUGUGAUAAUAAUUCAAUUGUUUACGAUUUAAAAAUGAAAAAAAAAAAAAAAAAUGAAAAAAAAAAUUUCAUACGAAAAUAUUUUAAUAAACAUCAUAUCAAUCAUAAAAAAAUGUGGUUGCGAAAUAAUCAUCAUACUAAGCAUUGGAAAAGAGAAAAACACUUCAAUCCAUUAAGUUCCAAUGAGAAUUAUUUAAUAUUUGACUCUGGAACAUCCUUUAAUAGUGUCCCUAAAUCGGAAAUAAAAUAUUUUUUUAAAGUUGUCCCUCCCAAGAAAUGCGAUGCUAAUAACAUUGACGAAGUUAUAGAUAGCUACCCCAACUUAACCUAUGUUAUCAACAAUAUGCCCUUUACAUUGACACCAUCCCAAUAUUUGAUUCGAAAACACAACAUCUGUAAACCAGCAUUUAUGGAUAUUGAAGUUUCUCCAGAAUAUGGGCAUGCGUACAUUUUAGGAAAUGCAACAUUCAUGAAACAUUAUUAUACUGUCUACAGACGAGGGAAGGGCAAUAAUAAUUCAUAUGUUGGAAUAGCUAGAGCUGCACAUACAAAGGAAAAUGCAGAAUAUUUGAAUUCGCUACACAAGGAAAGGAUGGAAAAUGAAGAAUAG